CUUCGUGCCAACCAUGAAGCUCUUCCUGGUCGCUCUCCUGGCGGCGGUCGCGGCCGCGGCAGCGUCCCCUUCUCCCAUCGACUGGACCAAGGUUCAACCCAUCCAUGAAGUAAGCCCAUCCCUCAAGGCCUACCAUGAGAAGCUAGUCCAGAGUGGCAUGCCGUACUCCACUCCCAACGGCCGUAUCGUGGGCGGCAUCGAGGCGAGCCCGCACUCCAUUCCGUACCAGGUGGCUCUGCUGCUCGACACCGGCGCCGGCACCGCCUUCUGCGGCGGCUCCCUGCUCAACAACGAAUGGGUGCUCACCGCCGCCCACUGCGCCGAAGUGGCGCAGAGCGUGACCGUCAUCCUGGGCGCCCACAACGUCCAGGAGGAGGAGGCCGAGCAGGUGCGCCAGGUGUCCACGGGCAUCGUCGUGCACCCCGCCUGGAACUCCCUGCUGCUGCAGAACGACAUCGCCCUCAUUCGCCUGCCCCAGCCCGUCACCUACAACGCGAACAUCCAACCCAUCCGCCUUCCUCGCAGGUCUGAGUCCAGCCAGACCUUCAACAAGGAGAUCACUCUCGCCAGUGGCUGGGGAAAGCCCACCGACAGCGCCACGGCCAUCAGCCCCGUCCUCCGCUACGUGCGCAGCCCCGUCAUUUCCAAGCUGUCCUGCAACCUGCAGUACUUCGGCGUCAUCCAGGACUCGCACAUCUGCACCUCUGGCAGCGGCGGCAAGAGCACCUGCAGUGGCGACAGCGGCGGCCCGCUGGUGCACGAGGAGAGCGACGGCGAGGUGUCGCAGCUGGGCGUGGUCUCCUUCGGCAUCGCCUUCGGCUGCGAGAUCGGCUGGCCCGCGGUCUUCACGCGCGUCACCUCCUUCGUGGACUGGAUCAGCGCCGUCACCGGCGUCGAGGUCCGCGACUGAGCGCACGCCUCCUCUACGCGCUCGCGCAUCCCCCUUGCCGUCGAGCAAAUCAAGUAAAAUGUGCGAUUCGCGAUCGCAACCUGUACCUCGUACACACUCGUGCACACUGUGAGAUGUUUCUUC